GAUGCCGAGUGAGCUGCAGGGCCACAAGCUCGUCCUGGGCGCCUCGAAUUUCGUCUUCCUCGCGUGCGGCGUGGCGCUGCUGGCCGGCGGCUUCUUCCUCUUCACCGACAACCCGAGGAUUCUGCUGUCACGCCUCCUGGGCGCCACCAGUGAGCAGCUGGCGGAUCUGCCACAGCCGCUCUUCUUCUACAUCGCCCUCGGACUCGCGGGCGCUGGCUUCAUCGCCAUCUGCGCCGCACUCAUCGGCUGCUGGGCCGCCUGCUCCGGCACCUACUGCAUCCUCUCUGUGUACUUCCUGGUGGUGCUGAUCCUGCUGCUCCUGGAGUUCGGCAUGUGCCUGCUGAUCACGCUGUGGCCGCAAUGCAUGGGCCUGGACCUGGACGAGACGGUGAUGGUGCGCGCGCUGCAGGGCAGCUACGGCGUGCCGGGCAAGGAGCAGUUCACGGCGGCCAUGGAUCUCGCCCAGACGCUGUUCAAGUGCUGCGCCAUCAGCAGCGACAUCAACUACGACACGUCGCUGUGGCGUCUGCAGGGCUUCGGCCAUCGUGAGCUCACGGUGCCGCUCACGUGUUGCGUGCUGCAGAACUCACGUGACCGGAACGCCUAUUUGGGCCCGAAGCCAAUCAAUCUGUCGCUGUGUCAGUCACUGCAGCGGCACGAGUACCAGAGCUUCCGACACCUGGAGAGCUGCUAUGACAAGAUCGAUCUGUGGUAUCGCCAGCAGUACGUCAUCUUCCUGGGCGCCGGCAUGAUUGUGGCCAUUGUGGAGUUCUGUGUGCUGCUCAGCAUCAUUCUCAGCUGCACGAAGCACGCGCGGCAGCGUCAGAAGCGCAAAAUGUCACUCAGGCAGAUCAUCAGAGAGGUGGACGAGGCGGAUGUGGAGGCGGACGUUGGCCAGGAGUCCAUCUCCAUGCCGGACUUCACCAGUGUCGCUCCGCCGGCGCCCACAAGGCUCAGCAAUCGCUCUCUGGUGCGUCCCAAGGUGCCGCCGAAGCCCACGCACGUGCCGCAGCGCCAGCCUGAGCCACAGUAUCACGACGACGGCCUCCCGGAUGUGCGAAAGGUGUUCGUGCAGCCGCCAGAAUACAAGCCGAAGCACGUGACGACCUUCCGUCCCGCCGCGGCGGACUAUCACAUCUCCCGGAGUCACCUAGUGUAGGCGAAAUUUAGUGUAGCUGUAAGCGAGAUUUUCCAUCGAUUUUCACCACCACCACGUGUUUUUCCCCGUUUUGCAAUAAAAUUCCCGCCAAAAUAC